ACACCACAAUAGAGAUAGUGGGCUAAGUUGCUAAGAUAUUUUGCUAGCUCACUGGCUAGCCCUUGUUGAAGAAAUAACGUUUUAAAUUCUAAAAUAAUCAGACUAUAAAUGUAUAAGGGUGGUUUGCUUGUUUAGUUUCCAAAUAUAAACCUGUCUAUCCGUCGAAUUUAAUUCAAAUAUUAGAGUUUCGUGUAACGUUUUGGUAUAGCUAGCUAACCUAGCCUCCACUCCAAAUCCACAACCUAGCUUGUUAGCAAAUUAGCUUGUGAGGUAAACCAGCCCUGUGUGCAUGCUAGCAGUUUGAUAGAAGGACUGCGGCUUCGUUGCUGCUGUUUUAAAGUUUAAAGCUUUGCUAAUUACAUCAUUUAGUGACUACGUUUGCUGCUAAAGUCUGCUAUAAAUUAACCAGUCGUGUAAUUAACACCUAAAUCACGUUUUCUGGGUUUGGCAAAAGAAAACGACUCAAAGUUGAUUGGACUAGAUCACUUUUUUUUCUCUCUCGGUAAGGCUAAGCUAGCUAGCUACGACUGGGCUAGCUAGCUAGCUUGGCUAGCUUUUAAGCUAAAUGCUUCUUACGAGAAUGGACCUUUUGAGCCACCAAUUUAUGGAUAAAAUGAACAAUAACAUCGGAAGACUUCACUACGAUUCUUAUGAUGAUGAUUCCGGGGACUCCAGGAUGCACACGUUGUCCUCUUCCACAGGAAACAGCAGGACAGGGACACCGAUAAGCCCGAUUAAAAGGAAGUUUGAUGAUGUAGACGUGGGGAGCGCUCAGGAGUACGAAAAUGAACAAAUGGCCAAGAUGAGCUGCCUGCUUUCCUCUCACCUGGGAAAUCCGGCAGACGGAGACACCAGGCCAGAACCUUGGACUCACUGCCACAACCCGUUCGAGCACGGUUCCUCCACCAUCAGUGGGCUCCACGCCGGCCGUCUCUAUUCCCCGUUCCACUUCUAUGCCAUGGAGCAGCCGCUGGCUCUGACCAAAAACAGCACGGACGCGGCCAGGUCCUCUUUCCUCCCGUCGCUCGGCUCUACAGAGCGACAGCAGAAUCGUCCGUCGGUGAUCACCUGCGCUCCGGCGAGUAACCGCCCCUGCAGCCUCUCAAACUGUCACAUGUCUCCGAACGGCUUCUCCUCCACUGAGAAUAACAUCAAGAGCAAAACUAAUGCCAACACCGUGUGUGAUCCUGUGAUCGAGGAACAUUUCCGCCGCAGUCUGGGGAACAUCUACAGAGAGCCGGAGGUGGCAUCGAACUCUGUGUCCAUCACCGGGUCAGUGGAUGAUCACUUCGCCCAGGCACUGGGAGACACCUGGUUACAGAUCAAAGCCAAGGGCGGCGGUUCCGGGAGUCCCGAGUCCACUUCAUAAAGUUCUCCAGAGAACCCGUCUGAACCUUCUGGGUUGGUUUGUUCUGGGUUAAACUCCUUUCACACCAAGUCUGAGCGAAAAAAUUAUAUAGUUUAAAAAAAAAAAACUUCCGCUUCAACACUGAUGGAGACUAAUGGAGUUCUCCAUUUUUUUUCUCCAACAGCCAUCAUGAAACUGACCUUAGACCAUUAGGAUCUCGUACAGGAUCAUGUUAAAACUAUGGCACUAAAUUAAAAGCGGCAGUAUGUAAUGUAGAAACCUUUCCGACUUUCAGCCAUUUUAUGCCGCACGAGUCCGGUUUAAGGUGUAAGGUCUGAUUUAUACUUCUGCGUAAAUCUAUUUUAUUUUAUUUUAAGUUGAGAAAGGAAAAGGCGUUUAAACGUGUAAGCGAAUAGUUGGUGUGAAUUCCUGUAAAAUCGCAGUCUGUGCUGCUGUGCAUCAAGUAAAUGCUGAUAAUUUGAGCAAGGAAAUGAACUGGAUAACAGUGGGAUUGGGACGAGAUCGAACCGCUCGACUCCAGAGCAAAACCUUAAAGCGGAGCAGGUCAGGAACCUGUUAGCUAGGUUAAAUUAUACUGUAGUAAAACACUACACGGUUUAUUUUUAAGGGUGCUUUUACAACCAUUAUGUUGUGAUUUGCUUAAUGCCACACUGCCCCCUAGUGACAGAGUCUGAUAACACACACCACUGUCAACAUUUUAUACACAUUCACAGAUUUGCUGAAUCAUAAAUCAGACUGAAAAGGGGGUGGGGCUGAGUAACUGUGCUUAGUUUGUGGGUGGAGCUAAUUGUAUAAACAGAAGCAUGUACUUACAUUGUGCAGUUUUUCUACAGUAUAUAAACUAAUUUUAACCAUUACAUACACCUUUAAGACAGAUAUUUAACAUCAGUGUGAUGAAGCUCAGAUCACUUGAAUGCCACCUAGUGGCCAUUUUUUAGGAAAAAAAUCAUUUCAGUUUCAGCGUGGUGGCUCUGUCUAAGUGUAAGUGCUAUAGUUAUGAAACGUUCCUUGUGGUUAAACCGUAUUUUCCCGACGUCUCCGCUGUGCUGUACUUGAGAACGUCAUCAGAACGAAAAGACGAAAGCCAUAAGUAUCAUGAUCGUUUUUCCGUGAGGGCGGUGCAGGUGGUCUGAUCUAACGAGCACUUGAAGUUUUUGCGGUUAUAAUGACAUCAUAGGUCACAUGACAAUGCAACAUGGCGGAUGUAGUAUGUCCGGAUUGUAUUGAUACUACACACGUAUACGGAUCAGUAUGUACCCCACCAGCGGGUGAGUAGGAGGUACUGAAUCGAAUGCGGUACGUGCUGACACAGUACGCGAAUUCGGACGCACGGCUGCCGUCCUUAAAGUAGGAUUCUCGACAUAAUUCUCAGUCAUGUGGCGUAGAUUAUGCAGUGCCUUGUUUAGCAUGAUCCUGGUGCACGUAUAGGAGAGUCGUUUUUCACGUUUUUCUCUCAAAAUUGGAGAAACUUGUACAGGACUUGGUGUGAAAGGUAAAAAAAAAAUAAAAAACUUUUCGAACAAUAGAUUUAUGUGAACAGGGCCGUGAACAAAUGUCAGUCAUGGAGUUUGUUUUGAUUUUUAAAAUUUUUUAUUUUAAAGGGCUGCCAAAGACGCUUUCUACUAUUUUUAAACAUUUGCUGUAUUUUAUAACUGUCUCGAACAUGCAGAUUUUUGGAUUUAAAAAAAAAAAGCAGUCUGAGAGCAUCAGCUGUUUGUGUUCUCAGAUCAGUCGCGCUUUGGAGUUUUGCUAAUUCUACAGUGAGCUAUUCAUAAUUACACAAAUUCUCAACAAACCUGUAAGAUAUCCAAUAUCCUGGGCUUUGGGUCGAGGAUAUGUUUAACGUUUCAUCUCUAAUACGCACUCAUUAACCAGACACACACACACACACACACACACACACACAGUCUUUUAUUUUAUUUUUAAUCUUUAAUCUGCUUAUAUAUAUGUACUUCAAAUAGCUGGUAUCUAUUACACACAGACUUCUAUCUUUAUACCAUUCGUUCUUAGUUUUUAUUUUUUAAUCAGUAACGGUUUUAGAAAGUCCUGCUGCUGGAACAGUGUACUCAAUAUAUUUUUAUAACAAAUGUCUUUUACAUAUGACGGCACCUCGCUUCGAAGCACAGCCUCUGGAAAGGCAUUUACAUGCAGUAUACACAGCUUUUUAAAUAAUUAUUGCAGUGCUACAGAUUUAUAACGCUUUUUUACAGGACCGAGCGAGAUGAACAGCAGCUUUAUAACACCGUUUCGUUAUUACUCUGCCGUGGUGUUCAGUUUUAUUAUCAUAUUUAAUAUUUUUUCACAAAUGCAGUGUCCCAGAUGUUUCCUGUGUCUGGAAUAGCCAUGUGCCGAUAUCUAGUUUUUCCAUCAUGUUAUUACAGUACUUUUUUUUUAAACAAAACCGCUAUUUACUGCAUGUUUUUCUUGUGCAGUAGAUAGAAUUUUCUCCCUGAUCGAUAUAAUUGCGUGCUCACUGGCUUAUGGAUGGAGAGAAGAAAAGAUUGCCCUGUAUUACAUCCUGCAAAACAACAACAAACCAAAAUAAUAUCUUAACACACACACACACUUUGAUCAUUUUCACUAUAACUGAUAAAGGAAUGUGUGAAGUUUUGCCAAAUUUCUCAUAUUUUGGAUCUCUGAAUUUUAACACGUUAUAACACGAGUUAUCAUUCAAAACUAGAGGUGGAGUGAUGGAGGAUGUUACUGAUACCGAUAACUAAAUGGUGUGGGACCUACCUGUACCUGUAGUUAUUAAAAUUGAUACUGAAUGAAAACAUAACAUUCAGAGUAAAAUAUUGCUGAAUUUUAUUACAAAAAUAAACAGUACUGCCUGUACCAUGGAAAUGUACUGUACUUUUUAAUGAAAUAAAUAUUAAUGCAUUUUAACUAUUAAUAAUAAAUAUUAAAGUAAAUAAAACAUCAAAACUGAACCAAAAAGUAACACUCCAAAUAACAAAUAAAAAUAGACUUUCAAAAAAAAAAAAGCUUCAAAUAACACAACAAAAUGAGUCAGUGAUGGUUUUUAUUUCACCUCUAGAGGCCGCUCUUGUACCGUAUAAAGACAGCGGAUCCUUCUCAGCCACAACCGGGAAACAUUAUCGGGUGGAUUUCUGUCCAUAACCGAUAGUUCCAGCAGUUGUGCCCAUUUUAUUGGGUGCUGAUUAAUCAGCAAAACCGAUCAAUCGAUCGACCUCUAUUCAAAAAUUUACACCAAUAAAAACUGCAACGAGCCAGGCAACAUGCGACUCUUGAAUGAUUGACAGUUGCGUAGUUGCCCCGCCUUCUUCGCCCCAGUUCACAGGGUUCGUUCUUUGCUCGACUCGAUUUUCAUGCUCGAGAAUAGACCUGUCUGUCUUUCUGCAGCUUUUUUCACAAUUUAGACAAAAAAAUUCAAUAGUCCUGCUACUAACCGCCAUAUUUACUACCUUACAAAUUAUUUUAACAAUAACGGUGAUUGAAAGGUUCUUUAAAAACACACACACUGCACAUUAUUACUCUGUGGUGUCGGCAGAUCUGCACGUGUGAACACACUAAAUGUCUCGGUGUAAAUCAAGACAAUUUUUUCCCCCGAUUUUUUUUCCCCCUCUGUAACAGUGCACAAACUUUUGCACUCCGUCACAUACACUGCUCAAUCACAUUUCUUUAAAAUCAAUAUUAAAACACAGUGGUCCUUAUCAGUACGGGGCAGAUUAAAAACAAUCUUAAAUCUUAAAAAACAAAACACUACUGCAGCCUUGGUCAAACUUUAUACCUGAUUAUCGGCACGUGUUCGUUUGUUUAUUUAUUUUUGCGUAUGAACCUGUUAUCACGUCCCACAAUCCGGCUAUAAUCAUGUCCGGUCUGGUUUUCCCCUCCCUGGGGCCGACGCCCGACGCUCACUCAUUUACACUUCUGUAUUCUCAUAUGUCUGAGUUUGGAAUCUCGAGUCUCGGUCUUUAGUUCUCACAAAGUGUGAGGUGUCUUGAAUAGAUUAAAUUUUCUUAUCCCGAUUAUCACUUAAUUCUUUCAAAAGGUUACGAAAGCAGCAUUAUAAUAGUAAAUAAGCUGGGAGGGAGUUUCCAUGGUAACCAUUUACAUUAACGUUACACAACUGUUGAUCAAGUGAUCAUCUUCAAGUCGUAUCCAUCGUAAAACAGAUGGAUGAGUUAUUGUGAUUUUAUACAUGGAUUACACGUUCUCGUUUAAAUCAUUCAUUUAAUAAUUUUCAUUAGAAGAAAAAGCAAUUCCAAAACAAAUCUAUAAAUGAAGACUAUGUAAGAUGUAAUGUAAUGAUGCGGUAUAAAAAGAGGAGGCGCUAGUGAGUGACUGUGGUAGCUGACGCCGCGGUGGCUGAGAAGAUUUAGUGCUCAACGUACUUCACCGGUCAGUCGCCAUUUUGUCAUUUUCAGUUCUGGAGAGCUUCGCCUUUUAUGGAGUUUUGUGGGUGUGGCUCAAAGUUAAUGCUAUGAAAGCGCUCGGUAAUUAAACACCUUCUUGGUGUUUAUCAGCAUACACACGUUAGUACGAAGAUAAUCUAAGUUACCAAAAUGUUUAAAUCGGGAGUACGGAAAAACUUUUACACACAACUUGUAGUAAAAGAUGAAAGAAUCGCUGUUUCGUGCUGCUCCGUCGUGCGAGUGAAGUAGUGACGGUAUUUUCACUUAUUCGUGACUUAUUGUUUAAAUUGAAUCGAUUAUUAGCUUACUAUUGAGCACCAGAACAACAAUGCUAAAACACCCGUUUAAACAUUAAGAUAGAAAAUGUAAACUAAUCAUCAUUUAAAUAUUUAAAAAAUAAAUAAAAACACUGCAGCAUGUAGCGCGAGGCUUCCGACACGCCAAAGCGAAUAUUAAUUCCACCGAGGUUUUCUGACACCGAGGUUUUUUUCCUGUAGCAAAACACUCUGAAUUCUUGUGUAUUGUAAAAUGACCAUCGUUACGCAGUGCGUGAUGAGUGACCAGUUUUUAUCUCUUGAUUUUUACUUCAAACAUCACAUUAUCUUUAUAUUUAAUAUCCAUUUCGCAUGCCUGUCUUUCAUUUUCUCUCUUUAUUCUUUUCUUGAAAAAAGUUGAUCUUUUUUUUUUUUUUUUUUUUGAGGAACUGUCAGAUCAGUUGACUGCCAGAACAGUUUGGGGAAAAGUCCUGAGGACGUUUCAGAAUCACGUGUACGACGAUGUUUGUGUGUUGUACGUGGUUAAAGUGGUAAAGGGGCUGCGUCCUCACUUUGUAAAAGCUCUCGAAAUAAACAGUGAGAAUAUUAUGGCUAGUUUAUAUGUAACUCUAUUUACUUAUUUGGUUGUUGUUUUUUUCUUACAAGUGCCACUUUUAUAUUCAUUAAACCUGAGAAAAUACAUAAAAAGUCUUUUAACAAACUUGUCUAAUGAUUGUUGUUAUUGAAGGGGGCGUGGCCUAUGUGCUAAUGUGACUCAGAGUGAGUUUUAUUGUCAUUUCAUUUCUAAACAUUUCAGAUUAUCUAGAUGUCAUGGAAUGCUGUUUCAUCCCAGAUGAAUAGUUUACUUAUCUGCACUAUUUCAGACAUUUCAGACACUGUAUCUGGAACAUUCUGGAUAACCGGAGUCACUUUUCCUCUGUAACACAGUUCGGUGUCACUCUGCCUCACAAUGAUAAAAAUACAGAUGCUUCCAUUUCCCCUCCUCGCCACUAGGGGCAGCGUAUAACACCUGAGUAACUCCUUCAUCACAAUUCCUCCUGCUGCUAAAGUUGACAGGUUUGAAGUAUUCAUGGUAUGAUAACUUAGUCUAAAAAUAUCAUGGUGUUAAACUGAAGGAAAUAUUUAUUACCAAAUCUUUG